CUCUACAUUUAGGGUUUUCCUCUUAUUUAUUACCUUGGCAUACAAUGGGUUCAAUUUCUACAACAAUUUGUUUUUGGCUACUGACCCCACACGUGUUUGUGUUUGUAGAUUAAAGGAUAAGUUUUUGAGUCAACAAAGAGUUUAGUGAAAGCAUACCACGAUGGAUGUAAUUGUUAAAAAAAAAGAAACAUUUAGUCAUGCCGCAGAUAUCGUCGUUAACACUUGACCCCAAGUUGAAAGGCAUAUUUUACGUAGCUGUUUUCGUAACACAUCUUCUGGGCCUGCUGAAUUUUUAUUUCGACUACAAAAGCAAGAAGUUUGUCCAAAAGGGAUAUCUAAUGAAAAUCUAUUGUGUGGUAGUACAUGUUGCCUAUUGUAGUCUGCUACCCUUUGCAGCAACAUCUCAUCACAUAGAUCAGAUGGCUUUUAUGCAACGACGUUUCUAUGUUGUGCUCAACCGUGUAGUAACAAUUCUGAGGUUUCCUUCUAUUCUCUUAACUUUAUGGGGCAUAUGGAGAUACAAUGGAAGACUCUUCAAAGUAAUCAGUGGUUUGGAGAGAUUGCGGCUGGAUAAUUUCCAUACAUUAAGCGAAGCGAAACGCCAUGAGAUCUUGAAAAGAAACGACCUCCUAAUUUGGCUUAAACUUGCCACAGCCUUAAGUUUAAUGGCCAUGUUAUAUGUGAGAAUUUUUUUAUUUGCGGACAAUCCCACCUUUCCCCUCAUUUUGUUGGCUGUGUAUUUUGGUUUCCUGGAGAGCCUAACAAUUUUCAAUAUAAAUUUCUUCUUCUGUGGCAUAUGCUAUGUGAACUGUGCUCUGCGUUAUGUCCAAGCGGAAAUAAUGGAGUCCUCUACAAAUAAUACAAUUCCGAGGAAAAUUCAUCAUUUAUCCAAAGUCAUUGAAGAAAUUUGUCAUUUGACCCGCGAAUUGAUUGGCAUUUUCCAAUGGCAACUACUGGCCAUAAUGUUGGCCGAUAUGGUGGCAUUGGUUUCAUUAUUCUUCAACAUAAUCAUAUGGUGGUAUACCUCGGUGGAGCCUUUUAAACUUCCUCUGUUGUUACUAACGCUACAAGCAUCUUUUAUAAAUAUUGGCGAAAUAUUUCUAACAGCUUUCAUUUGUUCGGAUGCAAAAAAAUGCUGGAAAUCUAUUCGGCAGCUACUCUUUGAAUCUGCAACGAGAAAUGGGGCUUCUAGAGACAAUGUGGAGGAAAAAGAUUUGGAGCUUUUCUCUUUGAAAAUGUGUGUUUACCAGGAUAAUACGAACAUUUGUGGAUUUUUUGAUUUGGAUAUGAGGACUGCAUUUAACUUUUUGCAAGCCACUGCUAUAAAUUUGAUCCUAUUGGUACAAUUUGAUUUGAAAACGUCAUAAUAAAGCUAAUUGGAAUAAAAGCUCAAAGCUUGCUUAACCCAAACAGGGGUAUAUAAAAAAAUAGCCAAUAGAGGGAGCAGAUAAGCAUACC